GCUGCACAAGAAUGUCCAGUCAUCUGGAGUGAGGUGGGGGCAAGCGACAGAGGAGACCUGUUACUGUGAGGUGAUCCUUCGGGGGAGUUUUUGACUUGAUGUGGCAGGAAAAGAGAAAGGCAUUUUCUCCUUUCACUUAUCCGUUUACAAGGAGUUUUUUAGCCAGCCUCUGACAUUAUUCAGCGGCACUAGAACUAUCUGAAGAGCUUCAUCCUAACCACCAAUGAGGGUCUCAAACAUCCAACUGGACCCUGCUGUCUUUAUGUCGAAUAAUCCAAGACAAGUCCGCUCACCAGCUAACAGUUUGUCAGUAGGAGAUCCAGGCGUGAUGAAAGUACAGCUUGUUGGAUGCAAAACAAACUGCUCAAAGAAGGACCAAAAACAGGGCGUGACAGAUUCCUCAGGAAUGAAACCGUUUUCCUCAGAGCUUUCCUACAGGGUGUGCAUCCGUCGUGAGAUGCCUCUGAGGUCCUGUAGCUCUGCUGUGUUUUUGGACAAGUCACUUUGCAUUUCGUUCGCAGAACUUGCAGCAGGAACAAGAGGAGUUCAAGCACCUCUGCACAGGUCUGCCCUGACUUGUCAGCUCGGUGUGCAAUCUCUCUUUGGAUCCACUAUAGAUAAGAAAACAGCCAAAACAAAGGAGGUGUACAGAAAAGGUAACUUCAACAGGUGCAAUGGUCAUGAACAGAGAAUGGAUCACAGGGGGAGCCCUCUAUCAAAGCGCCGUGGACUCAGGACCAAUCAAAAGGCACCUGCUUGUGGCGCUAACAGUAAGGAUGAUGACUCAGAAAAGCAGAGCCGCAGCACUUCUUUGGGAUUGUCAUUCAGAGAGCCAUCUGCCUCGAACACAAAGACUGCAAAGCAGAAGGGGAAUGCAAAUAUGGCAGCCUUCUCUGCUCUGAGCAAUUUCAGGCACAUGCAGCACACGUUCACUUAUAGCCCAGUAGUUUCAUGGAGCAUGAGCAAGCAAGGAGAACGUCAAAAGACAGAGGAAGAACAAGAAGGUGGCAAAUCCACAGAACCUCAGAUAAUUUCUACUUGUCAUCACAGCUCACCACUGAAGAAUGAUUCUGUGGGAGGCAUUCUUAAAACCCUGAACCUGAAAGAGGCGUUAGAGCUUUUCAGACCAGACUUCAUCAGCCGAUCUCAGGGUCGGGUCAGGAGGUUAGAGCAGAAGGCCAGGAGAAGGAAAGCUCUGCAGGACUCAAAUUUAGCCCUGGGCCUAACAGAAGAUCAAGGCAAGCAAAAGAGGCACUGCACUACACCUGAUCCACUUAGUGAUAACCUUUUCAAGCCUAGAGAGCGUUCUAUAUCAGGCAGAGAGAUGCAGCUCAGGUCCAGACGGAUUUACAACAAGUUGCCGGAGGUGACAAAGAAAAAGGAGGAGGAGAAAAAGAGGGCUAUAUCUCAAACCAACAGACUGCGAGCGGAGGUCUUCAAAAAGAGAGUUCUGGACCAGAUUCUGCAAAGAUGAACUCAAGCCCAUCAGACACAACCUUCAUUUUAAAAUACUGACUGCAUAUGUAUGCAUUCCGUUCUUGGGUGGUGUCUAUUGAAUAUCCAGUGUUAGUUAUCUCUUUACAUUGUUGCAAACAGUUGAACUCGAUUUUGUUUGCAGUGUUCCCAAAAUCUCUUGUUACUGUUAGGUGGGGACUGGUUAUCCAGGUUUGUAAAUGUUUCAGAUUCAAAACCAUAAAAGUCUUAGAAAGAAGAAUUUAAAUAGUCAUGAUGUGUAAAUUAAAGGUAUGAUGCUGUCUAUCUCUAUCACUAAAGUAAAACUGUUAAAACCUAGAGAAGACAAAAUAUGGGUGGCAUGUCUGAUAAGCAGCCCACUGCAGAUAGUCUGACUGAAUACCAAUUAAAUACUAAGUUGUUAUACUUGGUGUACGUGGUAUUAGUCAGGUCCAGUAUAGAGCAGAAUGGGAUAAGAAGUGUUUACCCUUAGAACUAUUACUAAAUGAGGCAAGUUGAUUGAACAUUUUUGCAUUAGUCUUUCUAUCAAAAUUUAAAAUCACUCUAAAUAACCGAUAUAUGAAUCUAUUUAUAUAUUAUUUUAUUUUAGCACAAUUAGGAGCAAUUGUUGCGUUUGUUUUUCAUAAAAGCGUUUAG